GUACAGGUUGGGGCGCGCGCAGGAAGUCGGCGGGUUCCUGUGUCUCUCUAGGGCCACGGUGCGAGGGUCGGGCUGUGUCCCCAUUGGCCGGCCCCGCCCAGGGACUGGACCGCCUAACCUCGCCCGUCAGGCACUUACAAGGCUGAUUUGGACCUGGGACGGCUGCACGAUGUUGAAACGGGUGGCGUGUGCUGCAGUCGGAGGCGGUGAGUCACCUGGACCCUAUCCAUCCAUUGCCGACCUCUGCCCCACCAGGCUGGGUGGAUGUGAGACCACAGAGACACGGCGCUGCAGGGGUGAAGAGGGGUGCCAGCCCUCGCUGCCCCGCCUGGAUCUGCUAGCUGUGGCCGUGGCGGCGGUGCCGGUGACGCUCAGCGCCAUUGGCUUCACAGGGGCCGGAAUCGCGGCCUCCUCCAUCGCUGCCAAGAUGAUGUCCGCAGCUGCCAUCGCCAACGGAGGUGGAGUUGCCGCCGGCAGCCUGGUGGCUACUCUGCAGUCAGUGGGGGCAGCUGGACUCUCUGCAUCUUCCAACAUUCUCCUGGGCUUCAUGGGGUCAGCUGUAGGGGCCUGGCUGGGGGGCUCAGAAAAGAAACCCCCUCCCCCUCCACCAGAUGAACCUAAGACUGACGAUGGGGACUCCAGUGAAGACGAGGAUCCCAGCUGAAGAAGGGGACCUGUCUCCAGGAGAAAAUGUACGCCAAGUUGAACCUCCAAAACCCCUACUCGAGUCAGAGAAAUAUGAGAAAUAAAGGUCCUGUGCAGA